UGUGAUUGUGGUGAUAAUGUGUUGGUAUUUUCGUAUUUUCGUUUCGAAGCUGUUGUGUACUAAAGUAGUAUGCUAGGAAAGACAGGGUCGUUUUAAAACCUUCACUCUGAUUUCAUCUUUGCCAUUAAUGCUGUCUUGCUUGUUAUUUUUCUAGCAUCAGUUGCACCUUGUUCCACUUCUUUCCAACUUAGCUAAGUGGAAAAAAAUGCCUUCUGAUCUACAUGGGAGUCUUAAAAGGUCCAACUAGAAAAUGUUUUUUUUUCUUUUUUUCUGCAUGACACUUUGCCACCAAAUGAUCACAAAAAGUAACCAGGCUAUAUAUACAUUCCCAUGCCAGAAGUAGUGGAAACAGCAAAUGUUGGACAGAAAGUUCCACAAUGCAAUGCAGCGAUACUUUGCACUGAAUUAUGGCAGACACUCUUUUUGGCUAGUUAGCGAUCUACGUAUGUUGUUGACAGUAUUGACAGUGGUAUUAGCAUGAAUGUUGAAGUGUUGGGAGCUGAUCUAUUUGAGCAGAGUGUACAUGUACAGAUGAAGAGGUGAGAGAGCUAGACUAAAUGACUAAAGGAAUAAAGCUCCGCUGCAUCGCACUGUUUAGGUUCUUACUGGCACCACUAUCAGUGGGUAGCUGUAUGGCAUUGUGUUUAGUGCAUGAAACUGGUAGCCAAAGUGAAAAUAGACUAACAUGUCAGGCAACUAAACAAUCACACACUAUGGAAAUGCCAAUCAGUGGUCAUCUGUGGUCAUCGGAUUGCGCAUGCAUGUUUCCUCUGGGUACCACAGAUGACAGCUGUGUUGCGCAUGCAGUUUGCAUGUUUGCUCUGGGUACUCUGGGUUCCUCCCCCAGCCCAGAGACAUGCAUUGUAGGAUGAUUGGCAUUUCCAUAGUGUGUGAUUGUGCCCUGUGAUGGGUUGGCAUCCUGUCCAGGGUGUUUCCUGUCUCGUGCCCCAAGUCCCCUGGGAUAGGCUCCAGGCUCUGCGACCCUGUGUAGGAUAAGUGGUAUGGAAAAUGGAUGCAUGUCUGUGAUUUUUUUUUUGUCUUAUUUCAAUAUUUUGCUGGAAACAUGGCCUGGUUUAUCAUCUCUGUGGUCAACAGGUUUUUGGUAUUUUCGUGUCACACAAAUAGUGCACUGUCUCUUUAAGCGAAACCCCGUGUGCGUGUGUGUGUGUGCGUGUGUGUGUGUGUGUGUGUGUGCGUGUGUGUGUGUGUGUGUAUAUGUGUGUUGUUGCUACAUCUAGUUAUUUUGCGAGAGAGCGCGCGCGCACACACACAGACCAGACUGCUGCUGUGUUUAUCAUCCUUUUGCUCCUGGAAAGAAGUGUUUAUGUUGCAUUUCACUGGCUUAUGUACAGUCCAGACUACAGAGCUGAUCUUCCAGGAGUUGUCUUUAUUCGUGUAACUUUUUGGAGGACUAAAUGCAGAUUUUUGGUAUAAAACAAACAAAUCUUUAAGUGAUGAUGACCGGAUAUCUCAAAGAAUACGGCGUAAUUUAUACAUUUAACCGAAAAAGUUAUUUAUGGGGCGUCUGUGCGCGCGUGUUCCGAAUGAAAUGUGGCUCGCGCGUGUCGGUAUUUGGGCGCGCGGUUAACAGGUGCAGCGCGCGCUCCUAGUGCUCACUUUCCCCGGUAUUACCGGACACCGGCUUUAGCGCUGAUGGGCAACCACGUCGAUAAACUCGCGCAUCUCAGUUACGCCGAAGUGCCGACCGCGGAGCCGAGCGGCACGGACGCCGAGGACGACGGCGCGCGCAUCGGCGUGUCCUACAUCUUCUCCACGGACGACGACGACGCGCUGGCGGACGACAGGACGGACGAGAGGACGCCGCCGCCGCCGCACGAGCUCGAGUGCGCCGUCUACCACACGGCCGCGUGCGUGUACGAGAGGCGGGCGCGCGACUUGCGCGCGCACUCCGCAGAGACUCUGAUGAGCAAGUGCGUGCCCGGGGACGUCCUGGAGUUCGUGGCCGCCGGCCAAAGUCCCCACUGGGCUGUGUACAUCGGCGACUUUCAGGUGGUGCAUCUGCACAGGGCGGAGGUGAAGUGCAGCUUCGUGAUGGACGCGGGCCGCGGCAGACGCUGCCGGAUCGUUAACCAGUUCUACAAGUACGAGCCGCUGAGCGCCGCCGCCGUGGUGCGAAACGCCACCGAGCACGUGGGCAUGAAGGAGCGCGAGCUGAGCUGGAGGAACUCGGAGUGCUUCGCCGCCUGGUGCAAGUUUGGCAGGCGGGAGUUCAAAAUGGGCGGAGAGCUGCGCAUCGGGAAGCAGCCGUACAAGCUGAAGCUGCUGCUGGACGGCAAACAGGCGCACGAGCUCGAGUUUCAGAGUCUGGAGGACGCGAUCAUGGAGAGGAGACGCAGAGACAGGAUGGACAAACCGCUGGUGCUGAAUGAGCUGGAGGGACAGAGGUGAACUGCCACAGGACCACAGAUAUGCACCUUGUACUGUAUGUUCAGUGCUUUAAAAACUGCACCACCUGUAUGUGCCACAUUGUUCUUGUUGAACUGACACCUAAAGUGUUUCCACAAGUUCUGAGUCCUGAGGGAUGUAAAUGAACAGUUAAGUAAAUACCAUAUGCAAACAGGUCACUCAACAGCGCAGAUCAUGUGUAAUGCUGCUCACGCGCUCUGACAACUGAUCUGAGUUCAUGUAGAGGACACCGGGGAUGAUUGUAACACUUUUUCUUUAGUUUCAGUCCAUUUCCGUAAAAAUUCCUUGAUUACAAAGGUCCGGGUAAGAUGAUGGCGACAACAGUUACCUGUUAAUAUGUAACCAUUAAUGUUUAAGGAUACAAUUCAAAGUGGUUAUGUUUCUUGAUUGCUUUUGUUUUUUUCAUAAGUGGGAGUUCAUGUUACCACUUUUGACCAAUACCACAGACUCUGAACAGAUGAGACACAUCUGUUUUGAAUAUGAUGUGGAGAAAAUAAAUGCACACCUCCCUGUC